AUGCAGAAAGUUUUGCUGCAGGUGUCUGUACACCUGGGAGUUCUGACGGAGGAAGAAAAGCAGGCGCGGGACAUAGAGCGCCGGCGAGCCGCGAACAACAGCACGGGCAAUAACAGCAGCAGCAGCAGCAGCAUUUACUGCAGCAGCAGCAGCAGCAGCAUUUACUGCAGCAUUACUGCAGCAGCAGCAGCAGCAGCAGCAUUUACUGCAGCAGCAGCAGCAGCAGCAGCAGCAUUAACUGCAGCAGCAGCAGCAUUUGCAGCAGCAGCAGCAGCAGCAGCACUUGCUGCAGCAGCAGCAGAAAGAGCCUUGCUGCAGUGUCUGCUUCUCAGGCGAAAUGAAGCAGAAAGGCUCAAGCGGGUCAUGUCCCCGAAGCAGCUAAAAAUGGGAUUAGAUGUUGCUGCGCUGCAGCAGCAAGUGCAGCAGCAGCAAGAAAGAGAGUUGCUGCUGAGACUUAAAGACGCACACGCAGGUGGGGAGACACAAAAAGAAGCCACAAAGAAGCAAAAGGAAGCAGCUAAAUGCCCCAGCAGCAGCAGCAGCAGCAGCAGCAGCAGCAGUGGCAGCGCAGCACAGGCAGCCCAAAGCAGCAGCAACACAGAAACACCAACAGAGACAAAGGGGACAAAAGAUCAGCAGCAAAAAUCAAAGCAUACAAGCAGCAGCAGCAACAGCAGCAGCAGCAGCAGCAAAAUCUAG